CCCAAGUCAGGCACUAAGUGUAUAUUUAAAUUAGCUUCCACGCUGAAAUACAGGCCUGUGUCACUCUCAUCUUCAAAUCAAGGAUUCUCCCUCCGCGUCUUCAUCUCGCUUGUGUGAGGGUUAUCAGGCCGAUGGGUGGAGGCUGUGCUGAAGGUCAGUAUCGGGAUGCUUUGGUGGGGUGUAUGGACUGUCUGGGGACAUGUCAGAAAUCACUUGUAAUCAGCAGAUGCAGAAGUUUCUGUGAGGCUGUAAAUUGUAAGACUCAACCUGGCCACUACUACGAUAAGCUGCUAAACAAAUGUAUAAAGUGUAAAGAGAUCUGUGGCACACAUCCUCCAGAAUGCGCCCCACACUGCCAGACUGAAGUUGUCGCAGGACCCUCCACACUGAAAGACUCUGAUAUCCUCAUCUACUCCCUGCUGGCUGUGUGCCUGGCGCUGCUGUUUUCUAGCUUGUUUCUGGCCUUUGUAGCCUUUCUUAGAGGAGGCAAGGCCAAAACCUCUAACCCAGGAUCCACACAGGGCAGUCAAUCCAAGAAGGAGAAAGAGAGCGAGGCCAGGCCGGGACAGGAGACUGGUAUUCCAGCUAGGCAACUGGGAAAAAGCUCCAAAGAUAUUCUAACGUCUCUGAGCUGCCCCGUUAACCUCGAGCCAUCAGACGACUCCCUGCCAACAGAGACCUGCGUGUGUGUCCACUGCUUCCCCGACAUGAACGUGCGGGGCCCGGCCCACAGCAGGACGCUCAGAGACCCUCCCGUGCUCUACCAGCAAGCUGUCCUCCAAAGAGCCCAGACCCAAAACGGAGGGGCUUGCUGGACGGAGCAGAGCUUCCGAACCUAUGACAUGAAGGUCCAGGAGGAGGCAGCAGUGGGAUGAGUUUAGUGGUGCAAGUGAACUGGAAUUAAUUACCGUGUCUCCGAUCCAUCAGAGAAGGUUGUCGAUAUACUGGAUAUUAUGUUGGGGGUAAAAAAAAAAAAAACACAACAAAAAAACAAAACCAACAAUAACAGCAAAAAUACUAAAAACGAAAUGCUACAAACACCAUCACAAUAUGUGACAAAGUAUGUGACAAAUCAGUCCGUCACUAUAAAUAUAAUAUGGACAUAGCGUCUAGGUUGAAUUUAAUGACCACCAGGGGGCGAAACCAAGCCCUCAGCGUUGACCUUAACUCUACUCUUUUAAGCACUUGUUUAACACUUUCUGGAAAAUCCUAUAGAUCCAUCACUCAUUUCAGAUCUUAUGAAAUCAAAUAUUAAGCUAAUUUUAUGUAAAUUCGGUGAUUCUGAGAGCCAGAAAAGAGACCCAGAGUGUUAUCACUGGUUAAUGAUCAGACCCUCCCCUGAUAACGUACAGUCGCAAGACACAAAGAUGGAGAGGGUGAAAAUUCCCAGCUUCAUAACAAGAGUUCACAAACCGGUUUUUGACCUCGCAGUUCCUUCACUCAUCAUUUAUACUGAAACCUUCACACUCACUUUUAAUACAAAAACUUUAAUUAUAUCUUUGCAGGAAAAAGUGUCUGAUUUUAAGGAUUUUUAUGAACUACAUAAGUGUUUGUGUGUGUGUGGACGGGUAUUAACAUCUUUGUGGGGACCAAAAAUUGGAAGUUUACUAUACUUGUGGGGACCAACAGCCCUUGUGGGGACCGAAAUCCCGGUCCCAACGAGUUUAAAGGCUUUUUUUGAGACUCUUUUGAGAAUUGUGGUUUUAGUGUCAGGGUUACAAUUAGGUUAUGGUUACGUUUAGGGUAAGGGUCAGGGUUAGGCAUUCAUUUUUGAUGGUUAGGGUUAGGGUAAGCAGCUAGAGAAACCAUUAUGUCAAUGAGAUGUCCCCACAAGGAUAUAAAUACACACGUGUGUGUGUGUGUGUGUGUGUGUGUGUGUGUGUGUGUGUGUGUGUGUGUGUGUGUGUGUGUGUGUGUGUGUUGAAAUUUGUCGCCUUUAAAUUUGUGUUUCUUUUUCCAGCAUGUUUUAAACCCUCAUAAGAAACCUUCAUUAGUAAGCACAUGAAACCAAAUUAAUUUUAUAAGUUUACCCAAAGUGCACUUUUUAAAGGGUCAAAUGAUAUAACAAGUAUGAAAUUGAUAUGAAAGGUCUUAUUAUCUACAUUUGAUAGUAGAUAAGCCAUCUUAUCUACUAGUCAUCUUUAUGCUGUAAAAAACCAGCUGAUUCUAAAGGGAUCAGGUGGGAAUGUUUGGGGUUUUUUUCUAUAUGUAUCGACCCAAUUGGGAAAAACGGGAAUUAAAGGGAAGUAACAGCAGGAUGUUCAGGUUUCCCUCGACUGCAGUGUGAAAAUAACACACUUUAACAUGAAAUACAACAUUAUGCUUCACUUCAUAUUUCUGCAUAUGAAACAUGCUUAUAGGUUUUCUGUCAUGUUGCUUUUGCUUAAUGUCAUUGUGAAUGUGUAAAUGUAAAUCAUCAGGCCGCAUAUUG